GCUCAUAAUGAGGACAUGCAGGAGGAAGAGGACAGCCUCAGUCUGGCGUCUGGAGAGGAGAGCUGCUCUAAACAUGAUGAUCCAUCCGGUGCUGUAGGUUCAUCUCUGCAGGUGUAACCGCUGCUGUCUGUCUGUCUGUCUGAGAGGAGAUACUGAGCAGCAUCCAUCCAUCACAUCACAGGGCUGCAGACCCAACCCUGUCAUCCGCUCCUCUGGACGUCUCAGCAUCCUCAGCAUCCUCCUCCAGCUGAGUCCAAGAUGACGGCCAACAGCAGGUACAAAAGUCGCGCGCCUCGGACAGAUGAUGGAGAGGAGAAAGAUUACGUUGGUUUUGCGACGCUGCCCAACCAGGUGCACAGGAAGUCGGUGAAAAAGGGAUUUGACUUCACCCUCAUGGUGGCAGGUGAGUCUGGUCUGGGUAAAUCCACUCUGGUGAACAGCCUCUUCCUCACUGACCUGCAUAAAGACAGGAAACUGCUCAAUGCAGAAGAGCGAAUCAGUCAGACGGUGGAGAUCACGAAGCACACGGUGGACAUCGAGGAGAAGGGGGUGAAGCUGAAGCUGACCAUCGUGGACACGCCGGGGUUCGGAGACGCCGUCAACAACACAGAGUGCUGGAGGGCCGUCACCGACUACAUCAACCAGCAGUUUGAACACUACUUCAGAGACGAGAGCGGACUCAACAGGAAGAACAUCCAGGACAACAGAGUGCACUGCUGCCUCUACUUCAUACCUCCGUUUGGACACGGGCUUCGUCCCGUCGAUAUAGAGUUCAUGAAGGCUCUGCAGGAUAAAGUUAACGUGGUUCCUCUCAUCGCGAAGGCCGACUGCCUCACUCCCACUGAGAUAAAGAAACUCAAAGAGCGGCUGAGGGAAGAGAUAGAUAAAUACGGGAUAAAGAUCUACCAGUUUCCUGACUGCGACUCUGACGAAGACGAGGAGUUCAAGCGGCAGGAUAAAGAGCUGAAGGAGAGCACUCCGUUUGCGGUGAUCGGCAGCAACACCGUGGUGGAAGCCCGAGGUCAGAGAGUGAGAGGGAGGCUGUACCCGUGGGGCAUCGUGGAGGUGGAGAACCCGUCCCACUGCGACUUUGUGAAGCUGAGGACCAUGCUGAUAAGAACCCACAUGCACGACCUGAAGGACAUCACCAGCGACUGUCACUAUGAGAACUACAGAGCUCAGUGCAUCCAGACCAUGACCAGUAAGAUGAAUGCAGAUAAGCGAGUGGAGAGCCCCAUCCCGAUCCUGCCGCUGUCCACACCGGACGUGGAGACGGAGAAACUCAUCAAAAUGAAAGAUGAUGAACUGAGGAGGAUGCAGCAGAUGCUUCAGAAGAUGCAGCAGCAGAUGCACGAGCAGGACCUGUGACCUUUACAGCUUUUAUUUAGGAGACAAAUCAAACGCAGAUUUAAACCUUCAUAAAACCCCUCUCUUCAGGGGAUGAGAGAGGAAGACAUCUUCAGAUAAUUAGUCAGCAUUUCACCCGAUUCUCAAAAGGUCACAAAGAAACAGUAGAUGAACAGUAUGCUGGGAGAUGUAUUUAUAAUAAUAAUAAACUUUUUUUUAAUGCAGUCGUUAGCCAAGUGAGUCUAGUUAGGCAAUAGAGAGUAGAUUUGUUACCUUUAGAUCACAGUACUUGAAAUACUAAAUGAGACUAAUGCACCAUACCUUCAAUUCAUUUAGUAGUUUAUGCACUGAUUGUGUGAUGCCUGAACUGAAUGGUUUUUAUUAUUAGUAUUAGUCUUUUAUUAAAUAAGGACCAUGCACAAAAACAUGUCAUGUCAAAACGAGAGGAUUUAUGCCACAUUUGAGCUUUUUAGUUAAUUUCCACCUGCAGUCCUCGGGCGGGCAGGAACACACAGAACCACAUUAUAAUCCAUUACAAUUAAAAACCUGUUAAAGGGGUAGUUCGGGUGUUUUGAAGUGGGGUUGUAUGAGGUUUAAGUGUACGCUAUGUUAAGAAUAUGUUCGACCUUGCUGUGAGACAGUUUGACCUCUAUGCUCUCGCUAAAGCCACCAGACUCCAAUGAAAAAAACAGUGAUUUUACCUCGUAGCACACAGGGGUAAGAAAUAGGAGAUAAAAUAAGAGUAGAGGGUCAUUGAACUGUAUGCUGUGGUAAUUUGACUACAACAAAAGAAAAUUGUUGUCAUGACGACAUCAGAAUGGAUUUCAUGAAAUUUCAUUUCACUGUAAAAUCUCACCUUAGUCUACUUUAUGUUAACUAUUUUAACUUUUUUUAGUCAACUAUUCGUUACUUAUAUCUAUAAUUAUUUCAACUGCUUUCUAUAAGGUUUUUUUAAGCAUUUUUUUCCCACUAUUUUUAGCUAUUUUUAACUCUUUGUCCAAUUUUUAACCUGAAUUUCCAAAAAAAAUUAUUUAUUUUUUUACCACUUUUAGCGAACUAUUUUAACUCUGCUCAGUCCUGGUUCUGGUUCUCCUGUGCCUCCCUUCCCUCCAGCGGGCCCGGCAAUACGGCCUGGGCCUCCAGCGGCUCAUUUUCCGUAAUCAAUGCAGCACCAAAGCUCGGUGGAACCAACCCAGGAGCUAACCAGCCAGCUGCUAAUUCCACCGUGCUCCAACGCCACGCUGCUUACAGAAACGAGACAAACAAAGUAUUAGCGUUGCUUUCAUCUCACUAUAAAAUCUCACCUCAGCCGCAAGUCGGUUUUGUUUAUGCGGACGUCAGCCCGCUGCAACGGUCACCAUGGCAACCGGUGGUACACAUAAAAAGGGCUGCCGCUCUGACCAUCCUGUUACGUUGAUUUGAAUGGAAAUGCGUUUCUACUCCACCAAAGUCACACAAUAACACAACAAACUAACCGAUCGAUGCAGCGGCAGACCAGCAACUUCACGUGUUUUGCGAGGUUAGAAUUACUGUUUUUUUCAAUGGAGUCUGGUGGCUGUGAUGAGAGCACAGAUAACGGCUUCAGACAGUCUGACCGCGAGGUAAAGCGGUGAAAACAUUCUAAAUACAACCACACUGAGAAACAAAACAACUAUCCCUUUAAGGUUGACAUUUUUUGGGGAAAAGAAUAAAGUCUGUACGAGCUAUAAGCUCAGCUGGAAGCUCGAUGGCAUUAGCAACCACUCAGAAUUAUCAUAUGGCAUCAAACCAUCAGCCUCGUUUUAAUCUCCACGCUGCGGUACGAGUGUUCAGAUACAUAUAGACUCUGAGUCGGAGGAGUUUAAGUGUUUCUACUCAGCAUGAUUAUCAGUAAAGCCAUGAUAAAAACAUGCAAUAUCACCCUUAUAUAUAAAACGUAGUAUUGCAGUGUACAAUCAUGAGGAAAGGAGGGAAGAACAAUCCUACAUACAGUACACUACAUCAGUUGUUUUUGUUUGUGUGUAUAAUAUAUAACAAUCAGUUAUAGUAUUACAGUAUUACUUACCAUAACUAUUACAUACAGGAUGUUACAGGUGUGAUUCAGUGACCAUUUAAAAAUGUACACAAGCCUCCUGGUGAAGCAAUUGAAGUAAUAUCCCAACAAUGUAUCAGCUUUAUAAUAAUAAUAAUAGUAAUAAUAACUGUUGUUUAUACAGCUAACUUUUCAAAAACAGUGUUACGGAGUGCUUUACAGUAAAACAAGGACAAGUAGAGGGUUAAAAACAACUAAAUAAAAUCUUUGUUUUCGUCUAAAAGUGUCUUCUGAUGUCAAUAAUUAAACAUUUGCUUGGAUAAAA